CAGUCUACAUCGAGGAGUCGACGAUUGGUCCUCGGUCUUCACAAACUGUACACACGAUUGGUCAAUAGCGACUUUAGACAUUUUUUUCCCCAUUCGACUUGAGGCUUUGGGUUCAGCUUAUAAAACGGCUACUCAUAACGGAUGCCAGACAUUCACCAGUGGUCAGCCGUAGAGCAUUGUUGACAUUGGCCCUUCUGAUCACAGUACACAGUUGUUGAUUUACUCGGUCGUCUUCAGGAAUUGAAUUGAAAUUUUCUUUCUGAUUGAAGAGGACAGAGCAACGAAUAAAAGAAAAUUUCUGAGUGACUUUUAGUGGUGGAUAUUUGUACAGUUGAAGACCUAUUGCUCCAGUUGCGAUGCCUUUCGAGAGAACCAAUGGACAUGGUUCCAAUGGACCACUUACAAGGCCCAACGAGAACGAGUUCUUGCAUACUGCGGUGAAGCAUGCCAGCCACUCCGCGUAUAGUUUUGAAAUGCUGCUGGAGUCUGCUCAGUAUCUACUGGACCGUGUGAGCAUCAGGCCGAAGAUUGGAAUCAUUUGUGGAUCUGGAAUGGCAGGGGUAUCUGAACAGAGUGAGUUGUGUCCAGGUUCAAUUGCCGAUUCACUGACGGAUAUAAAGACAUUUCCCUACGAGGAGAUACCACAUUUUCCAUCGUCUACGGUCAAAGGUCACGUGGGUCAACUGGUAUUCGGAUAUCUCGAGGACGUUCCAGUGAUGUGUAUGCAGGGGAGAUUCCACUACUAUGAGGGCUAUCCACUGUGGAAGUGCUCUAUGCCAGUAAGAGUGAUGAAACUGGUGGGUGUGAGCCAUCUUAUAGCAACAAAUGCCGCUGGUGGCCUCAAUCCCAAAUACAAGGUUGGUGACAUCAUGAUGGUGAGGGAUCACGUAAACAUGAUGGGAUUUGCCGGCAACAAUCCACUUCAGGGACCCAACGAUGAUAGGUUUGGACCGAGAUUUCCACCCAUGAACAGAGCUUACAACAAGGAACUCCUGGAGAUUGGUUCAGAAGUUGCUGGCGAGAUGGGUAUUUCCGAUAUUGUACAUAGAGGUGUGUAUACUUGUCUAGGAGGACCCAAUUUCGAGACUGUUGCUGAACUCAAGAUGUUGAGUAUGGUUGGCGUGGAUGCUGUUGGCAUGUCAACUGUCCACGAGGUCAUCACAGCGCGCCACUGUGACCUCCAAGUCUUUGCCUUCAGUCUAAUUACGAAUCAAUGUGUAAUCGACGAUGACUGCCACGACGAGGUCAAUCACGAGGAGGUGAUGGACGUUGGAAAGAUGAGACAACCCUUGCUACAGGAGUUUGUCCUACGAAUGGUCAAGCGCAUAAAGGCCAAAUUACCUGCGAACUGAGGAAUUAAUCCAAUCACACUUAAUUCAUCUCUGUGUUCAAAAGCAAGAAGACUUGUCAAUGCUCAGACCCCCCUUCCUCCCAAAAUAAUGAUAAAUCUGCGUGAAUCGAAGGACGAUUGAAAUGUCCACAGUUGUCGGAAUAUCAAAGGCACUGGGGUGCGCACAGUGAAAGCAGCAGUCUCACUGAAUUAAAUUAUUUUCCAGCAUUUAGCCACUAGGUACAUUCCCUCCUUCACUUUCCAAUUCAUUCUCAAUCUUUCCCUGGUUGGGAAAAAACUCCACGAAAUACCUCUCCGUAAAUCUUAUUUAAUUUAACGCAUGACCAGUCACCGAUAGUUGCAGUUGAAAAACGUUAUCUCUGUGAAUCGAUUUUUUUAUUCAUUUUAAACUUGAAAAAUCCCAGAGAAGAGGCACGGAAAUUAUCACCCCUGAUCCUUGGGAUCUAAGUUGGCAAUUUUUUUUAAACCCCCAUCCCAUUCAUUCCUCCCACCAUACCCAACCAGCCCAAUGGAUGGUGGGGAUUGGUUGGGUGGUAGUGAGGAAAGUAAGACCGAUGGGUGGCUUCAGGGCGCAACGUAUUCCCUAUCCGUAAAGUCUCGUGCUUCUUAUCUCAAUUCAAGGGAGAAAAUUUUCUUUCUCACUACAGCCUUUCCUUUCUCUCUGAUCGGUACGCGCGUCUUCUGCGGAUCUUCAAUUGAUUCGUUGCACGUACAGAGGGCCAAGGGAAGGGGAGGGGGGGGGCGGGGAGGAGAGCAUCAGGCUAAUAAAGGCUUCGACUUCACGGAUGGCUACCCACGGCCAUUUUUUUCAUCUGUUUUUAUUUAAUAAAUGAAUUUCCUCAUUGUCAGUGUUUGUUCUUUUAAUCUGCAGUUGAUCAUUAUUUUGAUUAUAAAUUUAUUGUUAAUUGUGUUUGUACUCGUGACAAUGGAAUAAAUGUUGAUUUUUAAGUAA